AUGACAAAGAGCUUUGCUGAUAAAGUCUGCAAUCUGAUAAUUGAUAGUGGCAGUUGUGAGAAUGUAGUAUAUGAGGAGGCUAUCGAGAAACUGCAACUGAAGAUGGAUCGUCAUCCCAAACCAUACAAAUUAUCUUGGCUGAAUAAAGGCAGUGAGUAUGAUCGAAGCGUUAUCCAUGAUGGGCGGAAGAAUACUUAUUUUCUUAGCAUCAAAGGGAAGAAAAUUGUUUUGGCACCUCGCAGGGAAGAAAACAUCUCUGCCCCGGUAGUUAAUAACACCAAUCUACUUUCUAUGUCCAAGUUCUUGGUUGAGGUUGGGCAUGAAAAAAUAGUUUAUGCUUUAAUGCCUCGUGAAAAUAGUGCAGCGAAUGUAGAUUCGGAAUUACCAGCAGAAGUGCAACAACUACUGAUGGAGUUUUCUGACUUGAUGCCAGAGGAUCUUCCUCCAGGAUUACCACCUAUGAUGGACAUUCAACAUCAGAUCGACCUUAUUUCGGGGUCUAGUCUACCAGAUCGACCAGCAUAUCGCCUCAGUCCCAAGGAAGCUAAAGAGCUGCAGCGACAGGUGGUAGAAUUAUUGGAAAGGGGCAACAUUCAUGAGAGUAUGAGUCCUUGUGCAGGUCCUGCUCUACUAGUGUCCAAGAAAGAUGGGUCGUGGCAUAUAUGUGUGUUGACAGCAGGGCAAUUAACAGGAUUACAGUGA